GAGGGUGUGUAGGCGGCAGCAAUGCUCCGUUGAGAGACGCGGCUUUCGGCAGGAACUGGACUCGUGGCGCCACAAGCUCCUUCACUGUGUAGGUCCCGUUUCCCUCUGCGCGGCGGCCGGCGGGACCAUAAGGGCUUAACUCAUAUAUUUAACCCCCCUCCGAAAAGGUUUGAAAGUAUUCUUGAAGGGCUGUUUGGACCUGGACUAUUGAAAGACGUCAGUUUUUUUAAAGACUGUGAGCCCGAAGGUAUUUCUGAUUGGUCUUUUGAUGAAAAUUGUCUAUUUUGCUGCUUAAGAAGAGAAAAAGUAAAGGAACAUAUAGUCGGUCUGGAUGAACCAGCCUCAGGAGCUGGGCAAGAGCAAGCGAAGAUCAUUCGGUUCGAAAGGCAAGCCGAAGAGUUCCUCAAUGCAGUCUUUUACCGAAAAGACAGUCCCCGGGUCCUCGACCCCAAUAUUCCCCUAGUGGCCCGUGAGAUCAUGCAGCGAAUGAUCCGACAAUUUGCUGCUGAAUAUACCUCAAAAAAUAGCUCAACUCAGGACCCCAGCCAGCCCAAUAGCACAAAGAACCAAAGCCUGCCGAAAGCAUCUCCCGUCGCCACCUCUCCCACGGCUGCAACCGCUCAGAACCCCGUGCUCAGCAAGCUUCUCAUGGCUGACCAAGACUCGCCUCUGGACCUUACUGUCAGAAAGUCUCAGUCAGAAGCUAGCGAACAAGACGGUGUACUUGAUCUGUCCACUAAGAAAAGUCCAUGCGCCGGCAGCACUUCCCUGAGCCAUUCUCCUGGCUGCUCCAGUACUCAAGGGAACGGUGAGGACUCAGCAGAGACCCUAGCAAUAGAUUCCAACCAUCAGCCGAAGUCGCCGCUGGAAAAGUUUAUGGUGAGACUGUGCACGCAUCACCAGAAGCAGUUCAUCCGCGUCCUGAACGACCUGUACACCGAAGCGCAGCCGGGCACGGAAGGCCGACAGCUCCCUGGCCCCGAAACCAUGGACGUGUCUACUUGCAGCUCCGGCUGCAGCCAGCUCCGCACCGAGAAUCAGGAUCAGGGCACCGCUUGUUUCGAGGAGAAGCCCCUGGCUUCCACAGACUCACUCUUAGACCAGUCAGGCCCUCCAGGCACUCCCCAGAGCACAGGGCCAGCCCAGAAGGAGCCGACGGAAACAAAACCUUUAGAGAGAAGAGAAAACCCCGGGACUGUCGUCAAGAAAGAUUCCUCUGAACUUCCAACUCCUAAGGCCAGUUCUGGCAGUCCAAAGGAGAGUUCCACUCAAGGAUACCUCACGGCAUCUAAUUCUUCCUCAUUCAACUUCCAUCAUGUCGCUAAGGGUCCAGAAGGGCCAGCCUCUGGACACGAACAAGAGGCUAAUAUUAAAAAAUGUGAGGACGACAAGGACCAGCUACAGAGCGCCACGGUAGUGGAGGGUUUCGUCGCUUAUGUCAGUAACGGGGAGGAUGGCGAGGGUUGCCUGAUCUCUCCGAAAAACUCUUUCAAAGCUUUACCCGAAGAGACGUGGGGCUCAGGGUUUCUAGGGAAUUCUCCCAGGACUGCCGAUAAGGAGAACUCUUUACAGUGCAGCUCGAAAGCAUCUCUGCACCAGGACCUAGAGACGAACGAACAAGACGCGAGGCCAAAGCUAGAAAAUCAUCUACACACCCUGGGGAGGAACAAGGCGGGUUUCCAUCUCCAUUCUGGGGACAGGGGCCAGUUUGAUCAUUCCAAAGACGGCUGGCUGUCUCCCAGCCCGGGAAUGGGUCUCCACAAAGCCUCCAACGGCCAUCCUCGGGCCAAGACCACGCCGGCCUCCAUCAAGACAGCUCGGAAAAGCAAGAGGGCCUCGGGCCUGAGAAUCAACGAUUACGACAACCAGUGUGACGUGGUGUACAUUAGCCAGCCCAUCACGGAGUGCCACUUUGAGAAUCAGCGAGCAAUACUCUCUUCGCGGAAGACGGCCAGGAAGAGCACCCGAGGGUAUUUCUUCAACGGCGAUUGCUGCGAGCUGCCCACGGUCCGCACGUUGGCGAGGAGCCUGAGGUCAGAGGACAAGGGAAGCUGCUCCGGGCCGACGCUUGAUCCUUCCCCGGCAGCACCCGGGCAGGCCCUGGGUGUUUCAGAUGGCGGCCCCGCCUCAGGCGCACAGGCCAUGGAAGACGCUCCCGAGGGGCGCGGGGAGGGGAGGGUCUCCCAGAAGGAAGUGUUCCAAGGCUCUCCCCCUAGGCGAGAGCCUCAGGAGCCCGAGACCCGUGCUACGGCAAGUCCAGCUGGAGCCCAGGCUGAACUGUGCCGGACCAGCUCCCAGGCGACCAGAGAAGCGCCCGCUUCGGGGCCGCUACCGGCCCUCCGCUCCCUCGUGCCAGUGGAGAAGGCGCCGAAAGGUAGCCCCGGCGCCUCCAAAACCCCGGCGAGCAGACCCUCUUCUGACGCGGCAGGACCGCGGCCGUUAGAGCAUCCAGGGGCCACUGAGGCUCCCGCUCCGCCACGAGCGAACGGUCGUCGGGAGCCUUCCUCUGAGAACAUUCUCGACGAGCGCCCUGAGGCUCCCAACGCCAGGCCGCCUUCCCCUGCUCAACCUGUCGUGAAUGGAGAGGGGGACGGGUGCUCAGAAAGUCCAUUGCGUCAAGUGCGUCCGGGCGACCCGGUUAGCUCCCACCCAGAAUCCCCCAAACGGGAGGAGAGUGCGGGGGAAGGCCGGAGCACGGCUACAGGAACCCCGGUCGAUCUCGUUCUAGAGCAGGAGACGGACCGGCUCGAGCGAAAGAAGGGCACGCUUCCUCAGAAAGGUCUCCGGGAAGCUGGAGGAGGAAAGCCAGCGGCUGACUUGAGGAAAUCUGAGGCCGGAGGGCCAGGUGAGGACCAACGGGCCCCAGACCUGGAGGGAGCGGAUCAGAGCAGUGCGUCUUCCGAAGGGAAUCCAGACAAGAAGAAAAAGAAAGGUAGGAAGGUCCUGGUCGCUUCCGACCGUCGGCUUCGGAGCCAACUGUCGGACUCCCCUACGGCUCUCCAGCUCCCUUGCCUUCAGAUUAAGCUCUCCAAGAGCCCCGGGGCCAAAUGCCCUAAGCGAGAAGUCUACCUUGGUAGUGCGGCAUCGGUGCAUUUCCCCACGGACUGUUUCCACCCCUCAGCUCUCAAGGAGGCUGGGAGUCCCAGCCCCAGGGACGGUCACCCGGAAAAGGCCCCCAAGGGGAAGGAAGGAGGAGAAGGCGGGGUCACCACCAGGCAGACCUCUAAAAAUAUGCUGGCGAGAGAAAACGUCGAGGGAGGAGACGCAGCCGUGGCAGGGAGCAGUCCAGCUGUCCCAGUGGGCCAGAGCACCCCGGGAGAGAGACUUGAGAUCUGUGUCCGGGCUCAUGCCGACGGGAGGAGAGUCCAUUUGCCCUCGGAGAGUCGUCCCCAGAGAGAGGCCAUAGAUCAGGAGGAAGAGAAACCCACCGAUGAGGCGGCAGAUGCUUUGGAAGACUCCGGGAGGAAGGGGGACGGUGAAAAUGAGGUCUCCAACACCCUCUCUAGUUCUGACACAUUUCCAGGCCACCCCGAGUCGCCCAAGUCAUCGGCAAAGCCGAGGAGGCUCAUCUCCCUCACCUAUAACCUACGGCGGACCCAUCCUGUGGACCCGUGGGUGGACACCAGAAAGAAGACUUCGGACAAGGAAGCUAUGCAAGUCAAUUCAGCGUCCAAGGAAGAGCGUGCUCCCGAGAGGGAAAACCCCUCGGGCCCGAAGGAGGGGGAUCCGGCGGUGGACGACAAACCAAAGUUCGUGGAGUGGUGUUCGGAAGAGGAGAACCAAGAACUCAUUGCCGAUUUCAAUGCCCAGUACAUGCGGGUUCAGAAAGGCUGGAUUCAGCUGGAGAAAGAGGCCCAGCCAACCCCCAAGGCGAAGAACAAAUCCGACAAGCUGAAAGAGAUCUGGAAGAGCAAAAAGCGGUCAAGGAAAUGUCGGGGCUUGCUGGAAGUUCAGAAGCUCUCUCCCAUCCAGAUGCUCUUUAUGAAGGCAUUUAAAUUGUCCAACAUCUGCAGGUGGUUUUUAGAGACGACGGAAACCCGGUCGCUGGUCAUCGUGAAGAAGCUGAACACCCGCCUGCCAGGAGACGUCCCCCCGAUUAAGAUCCCCCUCCAGAAGUACCCUCCUUCUGGCCCCUACCCCAGUUCGCUCCAGGCCGAGCGCUUGAAAAAACACUUAAAGAAAUUUCCCGGGACCACUCCCGCGAGGAAUAACUGGAAGAAUCAAAAGCUGUGGGCCCGGUUGCGUGAGAAUGCAGAGAAGGGGGCGCCGGAGGAGCCCCCCGCCGGCCCCCCGGGGUCGCACCCCGAAGCCAGCGCGGAGGAUGGCGGCGAAGAGCCGGAGAGCUCCCCGUCUCCUCCCAGCCUGCCGUCCCCCGCCAGCUCUCGGAUCCUGAGAAAGUACUCCAACCUGAGAGGGAAGCUCCGAGCCCAGCAGCGCCUGGCGAGAGCGGAGAAGAAGGCCGAGAGCGCACCCGACCCCCCGCCGGAACAGAAGCAGAGCCGGAAAAGCGUGUGCAUUAACCCGCUCAUGUCCCCCAAGCUCGCCCUGCAAGUCAACGUGGACGUCUUCCCGUUGAAGUCCGGCCCGGCUGACGGCGGCAGGGGCCGGAAGGGCAAGACCCAGGCCGAGGCCCCUCCCAAAGCGGACCUCCCGCCGGGCAAGAAGAAGAAGAGCGAGGAGAACCACCCCCAGGAGAAGUCCGGCUCCUCCACCCGGGACAGACUUCCUGCCAAGAAAACAAAGAAAGCCAAGGGUGCGGUUGGCUCCUCCAAGGCCCCCACGACCAGGAAGCGGGCCGCCCUGGAGAAAAUCACCAAGCUGGCCAAAAAGGCAUCUCCGAAAGAGAGGAAAGGGAAGAAAGGCUCGAAGAAGCCGCCGGGGAAAGGCGGGCCGCCGGUCCGGAAAGGGAAGGAGAACCCCAACAAGAAGCCGAGCCCCCGAGAGCCGCUCCCCAAGUCUCCCAAGCCGAAGGGGGCCGCGGGGGAGCCUCCUCACAGGUCCCAGAAAGCCAGCGACCGGAGAGCCGGCGGCGGGAAGUCUCAGGCUCGCUCGGGGAAGAAGACCCAGGAGAGCAGCGGGGCCCAGAGAAAGCGGAAGCUGAGGGCAAAACUUGACUGUUCACACAACAAGCGGAGACGGCUGGAUACGAAAUGACGGGAAGGGCGGUAGCCCUCUGUAAAACUGUUAUAUAGUAGUAACCCUUUAUUUUGCAUUAACUAAAGCUGCUUUUUUAAGCUGUAGCAAGCCUUUAAAUCCGCAGUUUAAAGGAGAACAGAACACCCCUCCCUCCCCACGAUUUGAGGCAUCAGAAGACCCGUCUCCGCCGGGGAGCGAGCGCUCGCUUUCUCUCUCUGGAGGUGAGAAAGGGAAGUUAUUACAUUCUGAAGGUUCCUUGAGUUUUACACUUGGAACGAGGCAGUUUUAGUUAAAAGUACAGUGCCUUAUUUAUCCUUUUAUACAUGAAAAAGCUAAUCUGUGUGAUUAAAGGCUUGCAUUUUAUACUUGAUGCACAAGCACUUGUACUGUAGCGGAAACGACCACCAUCAUAUGCACAUAAAGUAGCUUUUCAGCAGCCUUCCAGUGGUAUCUGUACGUGAACAUUUCCUCCUCUUGGGAACUUCUAAUGUGCCGUUUCUCCUUCCCGGUCCCCCAACCCUCCCAGAGUGACAUUUUAACGCAAAACCAAAAGCAUUUUCUACGCUCAGUAUGGCAGGGAGAAUCUGUCCCUACUCGGUUCGCUGUUGGCAGAGGCGGUUGUUCUACAAGGCGGGUCAGGUCUGUUCGUAUCAUAUCCCUUCCCGGUCGUUCCCAGUUUAUUUAGAGCCAAGUAAGGCUGGCGUGAGGGAUCGCUGUCUGUCUGGAUGCCGGUACUUGCCGCCUGGCUCUCGGGCACUGUCCGGGCACCCUACCCUUCCUCGUUGAUUCUUCCCUCCCCGUUUCCAUCUUUGGUUUUUUGCCGGGUGGGAUCAGAUUUUUCUCACCUCCCCGCGGUUUCGUGUCCCCUCUCUGGGGAAGUCUCGGAAAGUCUGGUCCCUCCUUCCUUCUCCUCUCCACCCCUCCGUUUGUGUGUGUUGGUUGAUAGGGCAGAAGUGGCGAUUUUCAUCUGCUCUUGAGUAGAGGACUUCUGCAUUCAAAGCCAAAAUUUGAUUUCAGCUCUCAAAGAAAUGAAAGUGUGUGUGCCUCUCUGUGCGUGCGGGUGUGCACAUGGCGUAUGCUUGCCCAUCCUCAGGCGGGCUUGCUCGCGAUGAACGGGUCUCGGUUCUACUUUGAAAGUACAUUUUUUACCCAUUCCAGUGGCAUAAUGUAGACAUUAUUCAGCCAUUGCAGGAUGCCUCUCUGAUGGUCUCUUGCAGGGUUUCGGAAACAGACAAAGUUGUGAGCUAUUUAAACGUCAAGCAAUGCUCUCUACUGGGGAAAGCAUCAAGAGACUCUGCUGCCGUACCCAAAAAAGAAAAAUCUUAUUGGCUAUGCAUGCCCCCCCUCCCCCUGCUCAACAGUUUUCACUGUAGUUCAGCAAUGUGGUAUUUCACAUGCGUUGACAGGGAGGUAACAGAAUGCAGAUUUUAAGCUUCUGGAAGGCGUGGCGUUGGUUUUAACUGUGUCCUUUUAAUAUCGCUUGCACUAGGAUAGAUACAUUUAUUUUGAGCCUCUGCAAAAGAAGAUUAAUUUGUUUAAAACCCUGUUCGAGCUCCCUUUCCCUCCCUCUGCCAUCAGAAUAGGAUUGAGUUGAUGGCUUUCGCCAUCGCUUUACUCUUAUAAAAAUCCUGCCAUCAGAGAUGACUGAAAAUGUUGUAUAUCAACCCACACAUGGAUUUUUUU